AUGGGACCCCUGGUCAUUGACAUCUUCUUGCUACUGCUUUCAGGGACCAUAAUGUCCCAGAAACCAAGAAAGUGGUGUGAUUCUCUGGAAUACACAGAUAGUGCUAUUUCCGAGCCUGCAACUGGGUACUCUGAAUUCUCAAACGAAGCCUACUUCAACAAGCAACAAGUCUACAUAUAUAAAAACCACUAUCAGAGGGUAAGACCUCAGGCACGAUGGAAAAAUGUGGAGAAUUGGGAUGAUGUGAACAAGCUUCAGAAAGAGAGAGAAGAUUUGAUCAUGAAGGACUUUCAAGAACUCAUAAACUCCAAUCCAGGUAACCAAGGUAUCUACUUUUUUAGUCAAUCUAUUGGCUGUGAACUUUGUCCAAAUCGCACUUUCAAGAUAGCUUGGUAUUUUGAUACAAUAAAUUUCGUGAAUAGCAUUAUGAGUAUAAAAUACCAGGAUACACAAGAUUCUGUAGGUGAAAUGAACCAAGACCCAAGUGCUGAAACUCUACCCAAGGAAUAUCUGGAGAAACAGUGUUUCGCAACACUCCAAAAAUACCGGAAUUAUCAGAAUGCUCACUAG